ACAGUUUGGCUUUACUUCUGAAAGUGAUUUCCCGAGUGACUCCGACUCCUACCAUAGUUCCCAUCAUUCCCAAACACGUCAGCCUUCAAAAAACGAUCAAAGGGACAAUGGAAAGAAGCCGCAAGGAAACAGAAGGGGACGAGGAGGACGAGGAGGGGACAGAGGAAACAGAGGAGCAAUGGGGACAGUGACACGCCAACAGGCCAGAGUCCGGUUGUGAACCUGUCUGACAAGAUAUGUGGAUCAGACUAGAAGAUGGGAAACUGACCACAACCCUCUACCGUAAGGAAACGGACCGCAACUCUUUUUUGUUGGCAAGCAGCUCACAUCCUAGUGCCCUAAAAAACGGACUGCCCAAGAGUCAGUUCUACAGACUCAGAAGGAUCUGUCACUCCACUGAAGAAUAUGAGGAGAAUGCAUUAGAAAUGAAACAAAGAUUUUUGGCUAGGGGUUAUCCCAUGAAGACUGUUGAGGAGGCAUAUAAUAUUGCCCUGUCCACACCACGGUUACAUCUUCUGAAAAAAAGUGUUAAAAAAGAUAAAAAGUUUUCAGUUUCUUGCAUUACUACUUUUACUCCUAAAUCCUACAUAAUUAAAAACACAGUCAUGAAAUAUUGGCAUUUAAUAUGUGACGAUCCUUCACUCCAGGGUAAAUUUAAGGAUCCCCCGUUGUUUGUCUUCAGACGGGGUCCCAACCUCAGGAAUAAGCUUGUUAAAGCAUGUAUAAGAUCUGCUCCUGCUCAAACACUCUUAGCACCCCUGAGGGAUGGUAACUACCCCUGUGGCAACUGUGCCCAAUGUAACAGUACACAUAAGACUCAUACUUUUAAACACCCCAGGUCUGGUAAAAGUUAUAAUGUGAAGGGUUUUAUUACAUGCAAUACAAAGAAUGUUGUUUAUUUGUUAAGAUGUCCCUGUGAUAAGGUCUAUAUGGGAAAAACUACACGUAGCUUAAAACAAAGGAUCAGCGAACAUAAGAGUUCGAUUAGACGGGCUGAUCUUAAUUACCCUGUGGCUUGUCACUUUGUAGAGUGUGCCCACCCUGUUUCUUCCCUACGGUUUCAGGGAAUUGAGCAAGUUAAAUUGUUAAGGGGUGGGAACAUUGAUAAAGUGCUAUGUCAAAGGGAAUUGUUUUGGAUCCAUACAUUAGAUGCCCUACAACCCAAAGGGUUAAAUGUAGACUUUGACAUGAGUGUUAUGUUAUGAUUGGAGGUAUACUAUUUGUUAAGUCUUGAAACUGCAGUUUAUGAAGUUUUUGCUGAUGUUUAUGCAGUUAUCUUGAACUUACAUUUGCUUAUAUGUGUGUAUGUACUCAAGUUUGUAUGUAAAAAGAUGUAUGUUUUUGUGGUGGGUAAUUUUAUUGGUGCAUUUGGGGUCAAUUUAAUGCCAGCUACCUUGGGUAGAGGAAAUAUGAAACUAGGAAGAACAGAAAAACUACAACUCCCACACUUGGACUACAACUCAUCUGUGCAGGUGUGACUGAGCACCUUAAUGAAUCUUAAUUGAUUAGUUUGUUGUAUGCUCCAUCUGUUUGUGCCCUGAGGAAGGUCUCUGACUGAAAGCUUGGCAAUUAAAUGAACUAA